AAUCUUUUGUGAGUCCGGAAAUUAUUUUCAGUGCAACAUCAUCUGGUGUAGUUGAAAUUUUAAGGAUUUGUUUUCUCUAUAUUCCUGAUUUGGUUUGGACUAACAUUCCAAAUGAAGGAAACGUGGUUCAAAUUGCCAUCAAGAAUAGGCAAGAAAAAGUUUUUAGACUUCUUUGUAAGAUGCCAAUAAUUUGCAAGCUUUUAGUGUUGGCAAUAGAUGAAUCAAAUAACACUGCAUCACACCUAGCAGCAAGGUUUACUUCUAAAAUAGAAUCAAAUUCAGGUGAAGCAUUGCAAAUGAUAAGAGAGUUACAGUGGUUUCAGGAAAUAGAGAAUUUGGAUGACCCUCUCCAUAAAGAAGUUAAAAACAAAGAUGGUAAAACAGCUUCCCAAGUGUUCAUGGAAGAACAUAAACCAUUAAUUAAAGAAGCGAAGAAUUGGAUAAAGGAUAGAUCAAACUCUUGUAUGGUAGUGGCAACUCUUAUUGCUACAAUCACCUUUGCGGCUGCAAUAACUGUACCUGGAGGUAACAACCAGGACAAAGGAACACCAAUAUUCUUGCCAAAUCACAAAUUCGGCGUGUUUAUGUGGUCCAAUGCAGUAGCUUUCUUUUCCUCACUGACUUCUCUUCUGGUGUUUAUAGCAAACAUGAAUGGAUACUACACUGAAGAAGAAUUUGUGAUUGUAUUACCUCAAAGAUUAGUAAUCGGUUUGAACUUCUUGUUUGUUGCUGUGGUGACAACAAUGGUAGCAUUUAUUGGAGCUCUGUCUUUGUUUCUAGAGGACAGAUUCAAAAAUUUUACAACUAUUAUUUGGUCAUUGGCUUCUAUUCCAUUUUUAAUAUCUGUAAUGCUUCUGCUUCCAUCUACUACUGUGGAGUUACUAUAUAAAAAGCUUUAUGAUCCUAAAAAAGGGUCUAUAUGA